GAAAUUCACCGCAAUUCAGAGGCAUGUUCAUUAUUUAGACCUUUCUGUGUCAUGUAACACUCCGCGCAUUGGCCCUUUUCCCCAAAUACUGCCACUAUAAAGGCUGCAGAAAGGAAAGUGCUUUGUUAAAACAUCUGUAAAAACCGCUGGGGCCGAGUAUGUCGCUAAAAGGUUGGCGUCGUGUCCAGUAACCACAUUGUAACGUUGAAUUUCCGGGUUGAUUUUCCAAAUUAAAAUGCUGUUCAUCGCACACAUAUUGACAGUUCGCUCGGUAACAGUGAGAAACUAAAACCCACCAACCACAUCUAAUUAUUAUUUUAAGUUGCCAUGACUGAGCUCGUCACAGCUAGCCACCGCCAACAUUUCUCUAACAUCUACUUUGGGUUUGGUCUCAUGCCGAGCGUUGCCGUCGUCAAAAGACACCUCCACACUUAAUAUUUCGCGGUUUCCAGCGGACUCUCUCCCCUCUCUCUGUCAAACUUAUGAACUUGUGUCACAGUCUGGCUGUGGGAGCGAGUGAAGGCGGUCUCCUCGUCCAAGACCUUCUGUAGAAAUGAAGAGCCAACAGAAAAGCCCUGAACCAGACGGCACAGUCACCGUUAACGAGGAAGGGUCCGUAGCCACAGCGGAGGACCCAGCAGCUAUUGCCACCAUUCAGUCUGCGGCCACCUUCACUGACCAACCCAUCAAAUAUCUCUUCAAGACAGAAGGUGCAGGCGGCCAGGUGACCUACAGAGUGAUCCAGGUGUCAGAUGGCCAGUUGGAAGGCCAGACAGAUGGAGCUGCAGCGGUCAGCCUAGUCGCCGGCUUCCCUGCAACCACUCAGACAGUCACACAGGCUGUGUUCUCUCAGUCUGAUGGGUUGGAGGGAGACGGCAGCGCUGAGACGCAGUACACCUACUAUCCUGCCACCAUCGCAGACGCCACUACUGGCACCAUGGUGACCACAGUGCAGGCAUCUGACACACUGCUGGGCCAGACCACAUCCACAGCAGGGCAGCUUUAUGUGAUGAUGUCACCCCAGGAGGUUUUGACAUCAAAUCAAAGGACAAUCGCACCCCGUACACAGCCAUACAUAGCCAAGCAGGAGGCUCCACGAGCUUCAAGAGAUGAGAAACGGCGAGCCCAGCACAACGAAGUUGAGCGCAGGCGCAGAGACAAGAUCAACAACUGGAUUGUGCAGCUUUCAAAGGCCAUCCCAGACUGCAACGUUGAUUACACCAAGACGGGACAGAGUAAAGGAGGGAUCCUGUCCAAAGCAUGCGAGUACAUUAAGGAACUCCGGCAGAGUAACCUGAAGCUGGGAGAAGACAUUAGCGUCCUGGAUCGUCUCAGGAUUGACAACCAGCUUCUCAGACAGGAGGUGGAAGACUGGAAGUCCAAGAAUCAGAUCCUGAGGAAUCUGUUGCGGCAGCACGGCAUAGUGGGAUCAUCCAGCACAGACCCCCAGUGACAAACCCGCUGCCAACUGGUAUUUGAAGACAACCACAUAUGGGCCAAAAGAGUACUUGAAAUGCUUUGAGAUACUUUAUUUGUGAUAGAUUGUGCAUGAAAUAGGGGGAAAUGAUUUAAUAUCAUCAUUUAUGUUCAAAUCCAACUUCUUUGCAUAAUGACACCAUCAAAUGUUGUUUUGAAGCUUUGACAACUUUGGACACCCUUUUGCCCGGUAAUUACAGUACAAUCACAUUGACAUGAGGUAUCUGACAAGAGAGAAGAAAACACUUGAAGAAGUCAUGUCGGUGUAGCAAAGCCCUCAAUGAAUGCCUUCCUCUACAAACAGUAUGAUUGUUCAUUAGCCUCCAGUACAGUAAGCUUUCAAACAUGACCAGCUUUUCCCUUAACCUCUAAAGCACCGGCCUUCAAAUUCAUCCAAGUGUACCCAAACUAUGUAUUCAUUCGUCUUUUACGAUUAUCACUCUGACAAGUUCUUUCUAAGUCUGCCAUUUAGUUCACCAGUUUCCAGUUUUCUAUGUUUCAUGAAGCCUCAUUGGGGACAUUAAUUACAUUGCAACAAUGUAACCAACUAAAUAAAAAGAGAUCGAUAAGCAUCCCACCAUAGGUAGGCUAUGUAUGUCUUUAUAUUGAAAAAUAUCAAAUAAUAUGCCGUAUGUCAUGAACCGCGUUCAGUUGUGUUUAAUAAAGUUGAUGAAUUUGUUAAAA